CCCUUCCGAGAAGUCCUUGCACUGGCUCUCGGAGCCGCUUUCUCUAACCAGACCCGCGAUUGCCUCUGUGGCGCUCUGCUGCAGGUCCCGACUGUGAGUGCAGACUUUUGGCGCUGGAGGGCCUGGCGCCACAGACGACCGACCGCCCGGCGUCCCCCGCGUCCCCAAGGCGGGGCGAAGCUGAGCCUGGGCGGCUGGGGGUAGCUUCCGCGCCCCAUGCCCUUGCCGCCCGGUUUGGAGCCAGUUGAGAAGUUUUGGACUUCCGGGUUUGACUCGCCCGGGUUUGCCGAGCGUUGUCACCGUGCCUACUGCUUGGGCAGUGGCCCUUUAAACUUUGUUUUUUAAACUUUGGGGGUGUGGUCGUGGCGCCUCCUCCCAGCAGCUGAUUAUUCCCUGACUGUCCAGUCGUUCCCUCCACUCAGCCUUUCAGAUGCUUUGGAGUCAUGAGUCGGGAGGGUACAGGGACCUGCCUGAUGGCCGAGGUGAUCAAAGAUCGCCUUUGUUUUGCCAUUCUCUACAGCAGACCAAAGAGUUCAUCAAAUGUACAUUAUUUCAGCAUAGAUAAUGAACUUGAAUAUGAGAACUUCUACGCAGAUUUUGGACCCCUCAAUCUGGCAAUGGUUUACAGAUAUUGUUGCAAGAUAAAUAAGAAAUUAAAGUCAAUUUCAAUGAUAAGGAAGAAAAUUGUUCAUUUUACUGGCUCUGAUCAGAGAAAACAAGCAAAUGCUGCUUUCCUUGUUGGAUGUUAUAUGGUUAUAUAUUUGGGGAGAACUCCAGAAGAAGCAUAUAGAAUUUUAAUAUUUGGAGAUACAUCUUAUAUUCCUUUCAGAGAUGCUGCCUAUGGGAGUUGCAGUUACUACAUUACACUUCUUGACUGUUUUCACGCAGUGAAGAAGGCAAUGCAGUAUGGCUUCCUUAAUUUCAACUCAUUUAACCUUGACGAGUAUGAACAUUAUGAAAAAGCAGAAAAUGGAGAUUUAAAUUGGAUAAUACCAGACCGUUUUAUUGCCUUCUGUGGACCUCAUUCAAGAACCAGACUUGAAAGUGGUUACCACCAACAUUCUCCUGAAGCUUAUAUUCCUUAUUUUAAGAAUCACAACGUUACUACCAUUAUUCGUCUGAAUAAAAGGAUGUAUAAUGCCAAACACUUUACGAAUGCUGGUUUCGAUCACUAUGAUCUUUUCUUUGCGGAUGGCAGCACCCCUACGGAUGCCAUCGUCAAAGAAUUUUUGGAUAUUUGUGAAAAUGCCGAGGGUGCCAUUGCAGUACAUUGUAAAGCGGGCCUUGGACGAACGGGCACUCUGAUAGCCUGCUACAUUAUGAAGCAUUACAGAAUGGCAGCAGCUGAGACUAUUGCUUGGAUCAGAAUUUGUAGACCUGGCUCAGUGAUUGGGCCUCAACAACAAUUUUUGGUGAUGAAACAAGCAAGUCUCUGGUUGGAAGGUGAUUAUUUUCGUCAAAAGUUAAGGGGUCCGGAGAAUGUAAAACACAGAGCAGCUGUCUCAAAACUCCUCAUGGCUGUUGAUGACAUUUCAAUCAAUGGGGUCGAGAAUCAAGACAAGCAAGAACCUGAACUGUUCAGUGAUGACGAUGAAAUCAGUGGAGUGACACAAGGUGAUAGACUUCGGACUCUGAAAAGCAGAAGACAAUCAAAAACAAAUGCUGUUCCCCUCACAUGUCCCCUAGCUGUGCUGACCUCUGCACUGUGUAGUGUUGUCAUCUGGUGGAUUGUUUGUGACUACAUUCUUCCCAUCCUGCUAUUCUGUCUCGAUGGUUUAAGAACACAGUAGCCAUCAGGACCCUUUGACAAAUAGCUGCUGUUCCGUCCAUUUCAAGGACUAAAACAGUCUUGCGUUAAGUAAAAACCCGUGACCAGAACUGAAGGAAGACUCUAGGAACAGAAAACUACAACAGGACUUAGCACAAUUUAUUGGGAAACAAAACAAAAUUGCAAAAGCCUUAGCUGCUUUCCACCUAAGAAGUUCAUUCAAUGAAGAAACUGUCCACUGGAGUUUAAGUAACUACAUGAGUUUGGGUACAAGUGAUGACUCGAAGAUGGUCCAACUCUCCUUUUGUAGAAAUGUCUCAAGUUGAACCACAAAAAAGCUGUUGUAAAUUUAGUCUCAGGUGUAAAUAUCAAAGCCCUCUGUUAUCAGGAGAGCUGACUACUCUGUGUGGUGCAUGUGUGUCCUUGUGAUGGCAAUCAUUUUAGCUGCUGGCCUUCAGAGGAAUGGAGGAGCUGAUGGAGAUUUUUUACCUAUUUAUUUUCUGUUCACCCUGUGUCAAAAUUUGUAAAGAUAAAAACAGGCAUUACUGAAAUGGUACUUCCUGUAAUUUGAUACUAUUGGUGUAAUCAUCUUCACUUUAAUAUUUGUAAUACUGUUGUAAUGUUAACUCUGUUCAGUACCCAAGCUGCUUGUCUUCCACCAAAGAGUGCUUUAUUAACAAUAAUCUGUGAAAACCACAUUUGAAGACUGUUGCAUGUCGUGAUACAAAGUGUUAGUUAUGCUGGUAACCUUAAAACUUGCAAGUGAAUAUUAAGAGUAGCUUUAGAAGACUCAGGAGGAGAAAUUGGCUUCAGAGUUGGAAGAUUGUUUUAAGUCAUUCCAUUUUAUGUCACUUAGGAACUGAAGAAUUUCAAGGCUGCCCAUUUUUGGUUACCCAGUCAUACAAAUUAAAAUAAUAUUUCCUUCCAUGCGCAAAAAAAACCCUACACUGUUGGUGUUUCCCCUUGGAAACAGUGACCCCAAAUAAUGGUGGCUUUGAAAAAAACUUAACUGCUUUAUUAGGGUCUUUCUCUGUAGCAUUGUGGACAUUUUUGUUAUGUGCUCAGCCUAAGGCCAUUCACACAUUUUUUGAUUUCAGCGAUAGUUGUUCACAUCUGGAUUUCAAUUCUUUAUGAAUAAGACACUCACUGUUGCCUUUGGUUAGGGAAUUAACUCUUUGCAGAGUGCCUUCUCCCCUCCCCCUGCAGAAACACAGCAGAGUCUGUCUGUGUGAUAUAAAGCAAUCACAAAAACAGAGUUUAUUUGCUGAUUAAAAAAAUUGGGGCCCAAAAUAUUUUGAAAUCACCUUGGUUACUUCUAUAAUAAGAAGUGAAUGGUUUUAGUCAUUUUUAACCAAGGUUGACCUAUUCUAGUUUGGAGAAUGGGGGGAUACACUAUUAAAAGGCAAAAUGUCUUCACAUUACAAGAUGAAUGAAUUAGGUCAGUAGGCAAUUCCAUUUUUAAAAAGCUGCCUUUUACACAGAACUACGAGGAAUUAGAAGUGGUUGGGAAAAACAGACCGACGUCUGUUAAUGCAAAAAUAAUUGGAAGACCUAGGCUCCGCUUUAGUAUUUACUCUCUCAGAGUAAUUGUGAGGUUGACUAGCUUCGAGGCUCGGGAGAUGGAAAACGCCAUUGUUGUGGCCAAAUGAGCAGCUCUUCCCCCUCAGGCGUGUGGGGAUGGGACUGCCAGCUUUCACACACUGGGAACGGUCUCAGAAAAAUACUGGUUUUCUACCCCUGGAUGUUCUUCACAGGCACAAAGACUGACUUGCCUGUUGGGAAGACUGCUUUUCAAUAAGCUUUGGGUGGGAAGAGAAACAUUCCAUUUGCUGUGUUGUGCUGGGAGAUAAUAUUGAAUAUUCAAACUGCCCAGGCAUAAAACAUUGAAUUCUCAGGGCAAUUCUUCUUCCCUUUAUACUUUUAAAGGCUAUCUCUUGCAUCAGUAACCCAGGUGGUUGUGAAAAUCAAAUUUUCAUCUGAACUGUUCUUGAUUUGGCUUUUUAUUACAUCAGAACAAGUAAAUGUGCUAUCCCCUCCCAGAGAUAAGCCAUUUGGUGUCUUGGCCAAGAGUGAAAAAUUUGGGCUUCAGUGUUAACCACAGUAUUUUUUUAUUUUACGAAUUGCCUUUUUGUGUUGGCAAUUUUAUGUGUUCAUGUUUCCAGCUAGAAUUGCGAUCACUGGAGUUCUUUCUAAAAAUCCUUGUAUUUAACAGGUUUGUUGCUGAAAUAAGUCAUAGGAAACUGUGAUUUGAUAAAGAGUCAUUUCUUAGAAAACACAAAGGACAUAGCACAGUAUUAAACCUAUGGGGGGGGCCUAUCUAGAAUCAGGAAGUCUCUGAGUCAGGCUGAGGGAGACUUCUUUCCUGCUCUGAAUAAGAGUGGACUCUUUUUCCCCCAACUGAACUUUCAACACACUCAGAAUCUUCUGCGAUUCUGAUUUUGAGUCCUUGUUAUAGAAGACCUUGUUGCUGUGGAAUAUGAAACAGGGCAUGUCAGAUGGAGAGAUUCCUUUAACUUAAAUAGAUUUGAAAGUACACCACGAUAGUUUUCAUUGGAUUUAAAAUUAGAAUUGAAUAGUUUUAGAUGCCCUUGAAGCUUUCUGGGGACUCAAAUCAUCAAGAGUCAAGGACAGUCCAAAGGAAGGGCAUCUGCAAGACUGGGUACCUAGAUGUGUAGACAGACUUCUGUUUCGUAUUGCUAAAGAAAACCUAGGAAUCUCUACGACCUGUCAGUGAAGAGGGCGGACCCCGAGCACUGCCUCACUAAAACAAGUAGCCUUUCUUGUCAAGUGUAGCUGCUUCCCAGUGGCACCGCUGCUCUUCUAGUCUCCAGAAUUAUUCUGUUCCAAACUUGAUCACCUUAGCCUCUCACCCACUCACUUUCUUCCUUGCCCUCCUACCCCUCUCAGGGGUGAUUUCUACCUCUUUUCUUGGGCCCAGACCAGUUUUAGAGGAGUGCCCCGGUGUUCUCACGAGGCAAAUAUGUUUCCUUUGAGGGCCUGAUCCCCGCUCGGUGGGCUGUGUAGACCCUCGGGCAUCUGGCUGGUGGUGUGCCAAGAGCUCCGGGAGCCUUUCUUUUGCUUGAAUCACUGUUCAUGACACAUGAGCAAUGUACUCCUUCGAUGUUCUAAAAGUAGCUUAACUGCUUCUCUUCAUUUUAAAUAGUAAUUAUUGUACUUUGGAAAGCAGUGCUCAUCAAAAACCAUAAAAACCUACUUCUUUGAUAGUUAUCUCCCACUGACACUGUCCUUGUGAGGCUAGCUGCUGCUCCUCCAUUUCUCCUAAAUCUGAGUAUUCUCCCUGUCGCCAAGUGGAAAUACUACAGAUGUGUUUAAAAGACUGGACAAUUCACCUAUACUGUGUAGGAAAUUACCUCCUUAAUUGCCCAGUAGAAUUAAAUGUCAGCAGAUAUGUUCAUUUGAUUAUAGUACUGCAGUUUUAUAUUAGUAAUUUGCAGACUUUUAUCUAACCUGCACUCAUGUACAGAUUAUUAAAAGUUUUUAAAUGUAACUGAUUAAUCACUAUUUGAUCAACCAUUGUCUUGAUUUUUUAAAUUAAAAUGUAUAUUUCUAAUCAUAUUUUAUAAAGCUGGAAGAACUGGUUGAAUGAAUGUUUAUUUUCCUGAAGGUAUUUUUAAGAUAAAGCUUCAUAAAGGCCUGUAAACUUUACAUAUCUAUGUAGUUUGAUACGUAUUGUUGCAUUUGGAAAUUGUGUUAUUGUUAACUGGUUUUAUACAAAAUAUUGAAUAGUGGAAAUUGUGUAAUUAUAAUCAUGUAAUUAAAAGUAUUAACCAAAUAA